UAUUCAUCUCGCUAAUACCCAGUUGAUUCAUACUUGAAAUGCGAACUCAUUCAACUAAAUCACGUUAAAUACAAAAUCGGAUCGCCUUUAAAACUUGUAAACUAGGACGCGCUGUUAAGUACUUGAUCAAUUCUACCUUGAAUCACCGUUUUUUUUCUGUAUGUGUUUUUAGAUAUCAGAAGUAAAGUGUUAAAUAGGGCACAUCAUUUGGUUCCUGAUGGAGUCUAUCUUUACACUAUAUAUCUGUGCCUGUGUGGCGUUCUGGGGUCCAGGACUUGUUACCGGAAGUAAAGUGCUCCUGGUAUCCAUGGAUGGUUUUCGAUGGGACUACAUUGAGCGUGCAAGGACACCAAACUUUACGGAGUUCGCCAAAAUGGGCAGCCGGGCGGAAUACCUUACCGGCGUUUUCUCUUCUAAAACAUUCCCCAGUCAUUACACCAUUGCUACUGGCUUAUACGAGGAGAACCAUGGUAUCGUUGGCAACUACAUGUACGACCCGACAACCCAACGUACUUUUUCGCCCCGGAACGCAAAGGAGAACGAGUGGUGGGGCGGGGAGCCGAUCUGGGUUACGGCGAGAAGACAAAGCCUCAAGACCGCGGUUUACAAUUGGGCUGGGAGCGAAGCGGAAAUCAUGGGAUACCGGCCGAAUUUCUAUACGGCUUACAACAAGUCCAUCCCGUUUUCGGAACGUCUGGAUACGGUGAUCGAGUGGUUGACGAAUACUUCAUUUGCGGUAGAAUUGGUACUGCUGCACUUUCAAGAGCCAGAUAGCACGGGGCAUGAUUUCGGGCCUUAUGGAGCUGAGACGCUUGCAAAGGUGGAAGAGAUGGACGGAGUCCUGGAAGACCUCGUUUCAAGGUUUGACGCCGCCAAUCUCUGGUCGUCCGUCAAUGUGAUUGUCACCAGUGACCACGGUAUGGCCAACACAUCGGACCAGCGUAUGGUAGACAUACUUGAUUAUGUCGAUCACAAUGCAAUAAAGGAGACGCCGACGCUUGGCGCCGUGGUGAAUCUUCUGGUUAUGCCGGAUAUGCGAGAUGAAGUGUACCGGAACCUCUCCAAGGCGCCCCACAUGUCUGUGUACAUGAGAGAGGACGUCCCAACUCGGUUUCACUUCUCAAACAACCCCCGCAUACUCGACAUAGUGGCCAUUGCGGAUGAAGGAUGGACUAUUGUCAUGAAUGCCUCCGAGUACUGGUACGCCUCCGACCAGGGUGGACACGGGUACGAUAAUGAGCUAAUGUCCAUGAAGCCGAUCUUCUACGCCCGGGGUCCGGACAUUAAGGUUGGCUACACCUCAGCAACUUUCAACCUUGUGGACAUCUACCCGCUCGUCUGUGAACUGCUCAACGUGACGGCAGCGCCUAAUAAUGGCUCAUUGGACGUCGCCGCAACCAUCCUAAACAGACCAGUAUCAGAAGCUGUUCAAGAACGAUCCAACUAUGUUUUUUGGCUUCUAGUACUCUUUGUUUCAUCAUUUUGCAAUAUGCAUUGACUUCAUGAUUAAUAAUAACAUUAACAUUUACUUUCAAACCGCCUUGAGUGCAUCCUUUGGAACUUUUCACAACCCUGAUUCCGGAGCAAGGAUCUGAGAGUCCAAAGGGUUACUUUGUGUAUAUUAAUUAUGUGGAUGAACACAUAUAGAAAUAAUGUAUUCGCAUAGAAACAAUGAGUAUAGGACUUAUAAUGCGAAAGAGAAAUAUAUAUAUAUAUAUUUCGUUAUAACAACUAAUUCUAAAAUGACAUGUAUCCAGAGUUUAAUUUGAUAUUUUAAUGUGUUUUUGGUUCUAACAUAAGCUAUACAAUAAAUAUUAAAGUCAGAGUUAUGGGCCUUGCUCAACAUGAGCUUGUUGGCUCUCGAAACAUGUGUACAAAGUUUAUUCGAAUAAAUUGACCGAGUGUU